AUGGCCGACCAGGUCGACCUUCAAGUCUUCCUACCAGAAGAUGCCACAUGUCCGCUCGGCGAGCUUGUCGAGCGCAAGGAUUGGUGCCAGGGACGCAAACAUCGAAACGCAGUCAUCCGGCUCUCGCGCUUGCGCCGAGUCAGCUGCUGGCUUCUGCUCCGGCCACCCAAGCUCAUUGAUGGUCAUCGGUCGACCGCGCUUGCUUGCGCCAAGGGCGGAAGCGAACAAGCCACCCUCAACAGCGCCGAGCAUCCGUUCGUCUUCGUCGCGGACGCGCUGCAACUACUCAAGCUUCGCCAGGCGCUCCGUCCAGCCGACGAGGGCGGCAAGAACCUUAUCGUCAGUUGCCUCGCUCCUUUCGCGAGCGGGCGAGACAUCGACAACUGCGGGCGCUUGACCCAUCGGUGGGACUCGAGCAGGCGAUCGGCGUCCAGUUAA